UCGCCUGUGAAGCGGGACGACGGAGGUCCGUGACGAAGCCGGGGGCCGGUGCGGUUGCCGGGGUGACAGACAUGCCAAAACCGGACCUGCUCUGCCUGGUUCAGCUGCUGGACGGCACCGUCGAGACCUUCCGAGUAAACAAGCAGGAUGAAGGUGUGGUUCUGUUGGACCAAGUGUGCGACCACCUGGGCCUGCAGGACAGGCAACUCUUCAGUCUUCAGAUCAGAGAGUCCGGCACGACCGUCACGUCCGUGGCAGCCAACGCUCGCUCGCCCAGGUGGUUGGAGCCCGAGAAACCCUUGAAGAAGCAGCUAAAAGGUCUCGCCUGCCCCUUUUACCUGAACUUCCGAGUGCGCUUCUUCAUUUCCGAUCCCAACUCUCUGCAACACGAACAGACGAGGAACCUUUACUUCCUCCAGAUCAGGAGUGACAUUCGCGACGGCAGGUUGCAGUGCCCGCUGAGCUCGGCUGUGGUCUUGGCCUCCUACGCCGUGCAGUCCGAACUGGGGGACCGCAGCCCCUCCCAGCGAAGCGGUUACUUGUCCAAGUGCCACUUCCUCCCCGAGCAGGAUGAAAACUUUGUCUCCAAAGUGGAGGAGCUGCACCCCAAGCACAACGGUCUGAAGAAAAGCGAGGCCGAGCUGUGUUUCCUCAACACGGCACGGACGUUGGAGCUGUACGGGGUGGAGCUGCACGCCGCCCUGGACACCAACGACGCCCCGCUAAUGGUGGGCUUGGCUUCCAGCGGCGUGGCGAUAUUCUCCAAUAUGAUUUGCUCCAGUUUCUUCCCUUGGGGAAACAUUAUCAAGAUUUCCUUCAAGAGGAAGCGCUUCUUCGUACAUCUCAAGCGGAAGCAUGGGGAGACCCAGGACUGUGUGGUGUCGCUGGUCCUGCCCUGCCCGAAGACCUGUAAGAACCUGUGGCGCUCCUGCGUGGAUCAUCACUCCUUCUUCGGCUGCAAGCGCAGCGCCAGGAGCCCCAAACACAACGUUCAUUCCUACAAGCAGCUGGUGACUCACCACCUGGGCCUGGCAAACAGUAAAAACCAGAGUGGUCCAGUUUGCCAACGCGUGGUGGGCGGGAUGGUGUGGAACCCGGUCCUGCGCCGCUCCAUUUCCUCGGAAUAUUUGGAAACAAAGAGUCUGCCGUCUCGAUCGCCCCCCAGCACGCCCAAAUGGCGCAGUCCCCGCGUUCGCCACGGCGUCCGCAAAGUGCGCCCGUCGUCCGUGGAGGUGAGCGGCGAGCUGAGAGACGUGUCGGAGGGGGAAGACGUCUUCUACACGUACAGGGCGUCCGUCGGCAGCAGCAAGGACAGCGAGGGGGACGCGUCGCCGCAUCGGUUGGACGAGAUCCCGUCGGCAGCCGACGACAGCGCCGCAGAAGAGGACGGCGUCGGCGGACCCCCGUACAGUACCCAGCCGGGCCUCAGCGAGGCCGACCUGCUGCUGAUCCGCAUCGCUCCUGAUCUCGAGGGCAAGUUCGGCUUCAACGUCAAAGGUGGAGUGGAUCAGAAGAUGCCCCUCUCCAUAUCCCACGUGAAACCCGACUCUCCGGCCGGUCGAUGUGAGCCCAAACUGCUGGAGGGCGACCAGGUGGUGCUCAUCAACGGUCGGGACAUUUCGGAACACACCCACGACCAGGUGGUCAUGUUCAUACGGGCCAGCAGAGAGUCGCACUCCCGAGAACUGGCCCUGCUCGUCAAGCGCAAAGGCCCCGGCCGAGCGGCGACCCUCCCGCCGCCCCUCGCCCUCGCCGCCCGGCCCCGAGGAGACGCGCCGCCGUCUCCCGCCCGCCCCGAGCGGGACGCCACGCUGGAAGAGUCCAUGCGACUGUUGGAGAGGGGAAUCCAGUCCGGGACGCUCUGCUUCCAUUUCGAGAAUUUGUACAGGAGGAAGCCCGGCCUGUCGCUGAGCUGCGCUCGGCUUCCCAAGAACGUGGACAAGAAUCGCUACAGGGACAUUUUGCCCUAUGACGCCACCAGGGUGACCCUCCGAGGCCAGGACGACUACAUCAACGCCAGCCACAUCACGGUGGAGCCUCCGGUGUCCGGGGUGUCCUUACGUUACGUCGCGGCUCAGGGCCCGCUGCCGCAGACCUGCGCUCACUUUUGGCAAAGCGUUUGGGAGCAGCAGUCGCACACCAUCGUCAUGCUCACGACGCUGACCGAGCGGGGACGGACCAAGUGCCACCAGUACUGGCCGCAUCCGCCGGAAGUCAAGGACUACGGUCCCAUGCGGGUGAAGUGUCACUCGGAGGAGUGCAACCUGGCCUACGUGACGCGGCAGUUCACCCUCACGCACACUCAGCGCGGCGAAGAGCGGGCGGUGGCGCACCUGCAGUACGUGGCGUGGCCCGACCACGGCGUACCCGACGACCCCUCCGACUUCCUGCUGUUCGUGGGCUCGGCCCGCGACAGGAGACGAGCCCGAGAGCCUCUGGUGGUGCACUGCAGCGCCGGGAUCGGACGGACGGGUGUUCUGAUCACCAUGGAGACGGCGCUGACGCUGCUGGACCGGGGUCUGCCGGUGUUCCCGCUGGACAUCGUCAAAACGCUGAGGGAUCAGCGGGCUAUGAUGAUUCAGACCACGUGUCAAUUCCAGUUUGUGUGCGAGGCCAUCCUGCGAGUGUACAAGGAGAAGCGAGGGGGCUCACAAGCCCAGUAGCCCGAAUCCGAAGGCAGCGCAAAUGGACCUCCGCCGGCGAGCACCACAAGAGAGCGACCUCCGUCGUGCCCGCGGGAAUUCCGUCAGCCGGAUGAGAGCUCUGCCGACGAGACGAUUUUGAAUUUGCGACGGGGUCCGCCUGACGUUCCGCCGACCUCGAACGCGCCGAUUCAGGCCGUUGAGCUCGGGAAGACGGCGCCGCCGUCGCCGGGUUCCUCGCGUGUGUGCCUGCCUUUUAGUCCGUGAGCAGAAUUCUGUACAUGAACUCCGCAAAAUAUUACGCUGGGGUACUUUUCAAUUAAAUUAUUCUCACCGUGAAAGAAACGCUCUUGGUCUGCUUUAUUAGGCUCCGCCUACAAAUUAGUGGGCCGCGCGUGCAGCAUUUGACUGAUUUUGAUCCUUGAUUGAGCGUGAAUACAUUUGAAUUUUGUGUUGCAAUCAAAAUGGCUUUUCAUAUAAAUACGGGGUCUGAAAAGUGUUUUUUUCG